CCGUCCCGCCGUGCGGCGGUCGGUUCCCUGUCACUGCUUGCUCUGGCCAUGGCUAGGACGCUUGGGUUAUAAAUUGGCGACCAAAGCUCCCGACGCGGCCCUGGUCCUGAUGGCGGCGGCGGCGGCGGCCCUGGCAGCAGCCGAGCCACCUCCCGCGAUGCCGCAGGCGGCAGGAACCGGAGGGCCCGCUGCCCGCAGAGAUUUCUACUGGCUGCGCUCCUUCCUGGCCGGAGGUAUUGCUGGAUGCUGUGCCAAAACAACAGUUGCUCCUUUGGAUCGAGUGAAGGUUUUAUUACAAGCUCACAAUCACCAUUACAAACACUUGGGAGUAUUUUCUGCAUUGCGUGCUGUUCCCCAAAAGGAGGGAUACCUUGGAUUGUAUAAAGGGAAUGGUGCAAUGAUGAUUCGAAUUUUUCCUUAUGGUGCAAUCCAGUUUAUGGCAUUUGAGCAUUAUAAAACGUUAAUUACUACAAAACUGGGAGUUUCUGGUCAUGUACACAGAUUAAUGGCUGGGUCCAUGGCAGGUAUGACAGCAGUUAUCUGUACUUACCCUCUUGAUAUGGUUAGAGUACGCCUAGCAUUCCAGGUGAAAGGGGAACACACUUAUACGGGAAUUAUUCAUGCAUUCAAAACAAUUUAUGCAAAGGAAGGUGGUUUCCUUGGAUUUUACAGAGGCUUGAUGCCUACUAUAUUAGGAAUGGCUCCAUAUGCAGGUGUUUCAUUUUUUACUUUUGGUACCUUAAAGAGUGUUGGGCUUUCCCAUGCUCCUGCGCUUCUUGGCAGACCUUCAUCAGACAAUCCUAAUGUCUUAGUUUUGAAAACUCACAUAAACUUACUUUGUGGUGGUGUUGCUGGAGCAAUAGCACAGACAAUAUCCUACCCAUUUGAUGUAACACGUCGGCGAAUGCAGUUAGGAACUGUUCUUCCAGAAUUUGAAAAGUGCCUUACCAUGCGGGAGACUAUGAAGUAUGUCUAUGGACACCAUGGAAUUCGAAAAGGAUUAUAUCGUGGUUUAUCUCUUAAUUACAUUCGCUGCGUUCCUUCUCAGGCAGUGGCUUUUACAACAUAUGAACUUAUGAAGCAGUUUUUUCACCUCAAUUAAAAAAUAUCAUUAUUUCUUUUCCUUAAUAAACUCUCAGAGGGAAAAAUAAAAUGUUAAUUUAAUUUGGGGAGAACAUUACUUGAAGGGGCAUAUUUACCCUGUCACAGGAACCACUGGUAUUUUAGUACUUGAUUUUUCUAUUCAUCACAAAUCAAAAGUGCUUACUAUACUUUUAUGCCAAAAGUUAUAUCUUAGAACAUUGCAAAAAAA